AAAGCCAUCCCCAGCGAAUUGUCAGAGGUUCAAGAGUCGCUUUUCUCCUUGGUCAGUGCGGUCGGUUCCGCCAAAUCAGAUUUGAAUGAAUUGAAGAAGAAAAACGAGGAAACUUAGUUGGGUGGUUGAAGAAGUUGAACAACCGCAUAAGCCACAUGGAGAAUAACAUUCCAUCCCAGCUGCUUUAUGAUUAUGCAAAUGUGGUCAAAGAGAGGGAAUAUAUUAAGGCACAGACCAAUAUGCAGAGCACUCACAGUUCUGAAACAGAUUCAUUAAACGAUAUCUUUGAAGAGACCAGUCAGAACAAUGUAAAAGAUUGUAAAAAGACCCUUUUCAAUGAGCCGGAAAUAUUCCCAAGGAUAAAACCAAUUUCCACAAAAGAGUUUGAACUUAUACCAAAAUAUAUGAUUGGUCGCCAGUCUCUCGAUACUGUCAAUCGCUUCCUAUCUACAAUUAACGAUGUCCUGAAAGCAAAGUACAGUCUGUUGGCUCUGGGUAAGAACGGCGCAAAAAAAAAGGGUGAAUUGAACUUGUACAUGCAUUACAAGACUCAGGAGAGUGUUGAUACUGGAGAACGUGUGUAUUUCUUCACGGCCGAAGACUACCAAAACCAUACCAAGACGAAACUGGAUAAAACGAAGCUGAAUCUUUUAACUGUUUUGCGCCACUGUAAACGAUUGUGCAAUCCAAAAGGUACUAAGACUGCCCAAUAUACGGUUAUAACAACAUAGAAUAGUUUAUAAAAGUGACAUAUACCAAUAACUUUCAACUAGUACCACAUUUUUCAGACCGGGCAUUAUUUGAAAAUCUCGGUCAUUUAUUCGCUGGUGUGCAUAUCUGCAUACGUAAUAUAUGUGAUAUUUUUUUA